UUUUGUGCAGCCUCUGAGGUGAUUUUCCGGUUCGGCCUUGCGUCUGGUAGUUCAAAUUGGGAGGCGAGCGCCGUCUACCUCCGUUGAUAGUGUGAAAUGUAUGCAGAUUAUGUUGUUACUAACUCUUAAACUUCUGAAGCGUCCUUCAUCGCUCACUUAAGAUACGGUGUAAAUAUUUUUAAGUUUGUCAACAUGGAAAAUUCCGUAUCUCUGGUAUACGACCCGGCAAGUGUGGAAGAAAUGGUAAAGGAGGAGGUGUGGGAUCCUUUUGAGAACAAUGCCUUAAAUAUUGAAAACAUGACAUCAGGAACCAUUGUUGUGAAACAAGAAUACAUAUCAGAUGAGGAAGGUGGAACUCUUCCUUUAUCUUUGCUGCCAGCUGCAAUUAAAGAGGAAAUUCUUGAUGAGGGCUAUUUAUCCACAGCACCAAUCCUCGCAGGAAUUGCAGGGGCAUUGACAGAUGCACCAGUGAAGAGGCCGCGAGGCAGACCUCGUGGCUCGAAGAACCGCGUGCCCUCCCCGCUGGGCCUCGGCCUGGUCGGGGCGGCUGCCGUUGGUGACGGGCGCGGGCGCGGGCGGGGCCGAGGCCGCGGGCGCGGCCGGGGGCGUGGCCGCGGGGGCGGAGGCGCCGUGGGGCGCGGGGGCGUGCGCUGCGGCGUGUGCUCCAUGGCGCUCAGCACCGCCCGUAGCCUGCGCCGCCACAUGCAGUGCGCCCACAACGCCCUGCGCUUCCGCUGCGACAAGUGCGACGCCACGUUCCCCCGCCGGGAGGACGUGCGCGCCCACGACUUCGUCCACACAGGAGGGCGGCCGUACGCGUGCCGCCUGUGCGGGAUGCGGUUCAGCAGCUCGUCGCACCUGUCGCGCCACCAGGUGACGCACACGGGCGCGCGGCCGCACGCGUGCGGCGAGUGCGGGGCGCGCUUCUCGCAGGCGAGCAACCUGCGCGCGCACGUGCGCUCGCUGCACGCGCGGGAGCGGCCGCACGCGUGCGCCGAGUGCGGCGCGCGCUUCGCCCACCGGCCGGACCUGCGCGCGCACGAGCGCACGCACACGGGCGAGCGGCCGUUCGAGUGCGCGCAGUGCGGCGCGCGCUUCGGCCAAGCGCCGGCGCUGAGCCCCACCUGCGGCGCGCACGCCGGGCUCUGCGCCGCAGCGCGUUGCCGCCGUGUGCGGGCGCGCGCUUCACCACGCCCCGCGCACCUGGCGCCGCACGACGGGAGCCGCCGCUGCCAUGCACGUUCCGCUGCGCCACGGCGCCGGCGCACGCGCGCGCGAGGAGCUGCGGCGCGCACGUCGCGCACGCCGCCAAACCCGGAGCAUGCCGCGCGCCCCGCGCCCGCCCCGUCGUGCGCCUCCGUCCGCCCCCGCCCCCGCUGCUGCUGGGCGACGACGAGGACGACGGCGGCGGCGGCGGCCUGCCGUGAAACUACGUGCGAG